GGUCUUACGCACGUUGAUGAUGGUCUUUGACCCGCUCGGCCUGAUCAGCCACUACAUGAUGUUCCUACGUAUCCUUUUACAAGAAAUCUGGAGAGCAUCCAUCGACUGGGAUGAGCAAAUCCACGACUCUCAUUUUCAAAAAUGGCUCAAAUGGUUACAGAUCCUACCUCGAGUGGUCGAUAUUAAAAUACCCCGAUGCUUCCGGACUACUACAUCAGUAAAAAAAGUAACCUCGUUGAAAUUCAUACAUUUGUAGACGCGAGUGAGAAUGGAUUUGCAGCAGUUGUCUACCUACGCUUCCAAGAAGGGAACACAGUUGAAUGCGCACUAGUUGGGGCAAAAACCAGGGUUGCACCACUAAAAUUUCUAUCAAUACCCCGGUCCGAACUACAAGCAGCCGUUAUUGGAGUAAGACUGGCGGAUACAAUUAUGGGGUCUCUCUUUAUAAAGGUCCAGCAACGCUACUUCUGGACAGACUCCAGAGAUGUCAUGUGCUGGCUCUAUUCGGAUCAUCGUCGGUACAGCCAAUACGUCGGAACGCGAAUUAGUGAAAUCCUUGAAACGACCAAUCUACCAGAAUGGCGAUGGGUUCCGACGAAACUAAACGUAGCAGAUGAUGGAACUAAGUGGAAAAGCACUCCGGACCUAAGCAACUCUAGUCGAUGGUUUCGCGGACUCGAUUUUCUAUGGAAAUCAAAAGAAGAGUGGCCACCCAGAUUGCCAACGUUUGGAGCUACCGACACAGAGUUACGUCCACACCUGCAACUUCACAUUAAGGUUCCCGAACCGAUUAUCGAUGUAGACAGAUUUAGCCAAUGGAGCGCUCUUAUGAAAACCACAGCAUACGUAUUCAGAGCGAUUAGUAACUUCCAGCGUCCUAUUCACAAUAUUCCCAAAUCCACUGGACCGCUCACACACGACGAGUUAGUCCAGGCCGAGUGCUAUUUAUGCCAGAUCGCCCAGAGAAGCGUUUACAGCGAGGAGAUUGCAAUUUUGUCCGCAAACCAACCAGAGCAUUUGAAAAACAAAAUAUGCAAAAGCAAUCCGCUUUUUGGUCUUCAUCCGUUCAUAGAUGAGAAGGGGGUCCUAAGGAAUCGCGGGCGAACGAACGCUUGUAAGUUUAUUGAUAGUAGUGUAGCUAAUCUAAUCAUCCUACCCCGAAAACAUAGCGUAACCGAACUUCUGGUGAUGGACGCUCAUCAAAGGUUUCUACAUCAAAAUCACGAGACCAUAAUAAAUGAGGUGAAACAACGCUACUACAUUCCCCGUUUGAAGGUCCUCUACAAAUCAGUACGCAACAGCUGCCAGUUCUGCAAAAAUGAACGCGCUCGUCCGCGGGCACCGAUGAUGAGCGACCUACCAGCCUCACGCCUAGCAGCCUACAGCCGCCCUUUCAGCCACAUCAGGGUGGAUUACUUCGGUCCAAUGACAGUACGCAUUGGUCGUCGAACGGAGAAACGCUGGGGUGUCCUCGUAACCUGCCUCACCGUACGUGCCAUCCAUUUAGAAGUUGCACAUUCUCUCACAGCUGACUCAUGCAUUAUGGCUCUACGCAACGUAAUCGCCCGGAGAGGAGCACCAAUCACCAUAUAUAGCGACCGUGGUACAAACUUUGUCGGAGCUAACAAGGAACUAAAAGCAGCACUCACCGAGCUGAACCACGAGAAGAUUGUAGCAGAGUUUACCACGCCACACACGAAGUGGAGUUUCAUCCCUCCCCUGUCUCCUCAUAUGGGAGGAGCAUGGGAAAGGCUAAUUCGCACAGUCAAACAAAAUCUGAGUAAGCUGCUUCCAAAUCGUUUGCCAACCGAUGAAAGUCUAAGGAGCACACUCAUAGAAGUAGAAUGCAUCGUGAACUCACGACCUCUGACCGAUAUUCCACUUGAUGAUGAUCAAUCUCCCGUAUUAACACCGAACCACUUCAUCUUUGGAUCGUCUAAUGGACUGCCUCCAUGGACUUGUUUCGACGACAACCCUGAAUUUUUGAAACAGAACUGGCGACUAGCGCAAACCAUGGCAAACCAGUUCUGGCGUCAGUGGCUCCGUGACUACCUUCCUUCUCUGACCCGCAGAACAAAGUGGUUCACGAAAGUGAAGCCAAUCGAGAUCAACGACAUUGUAGUCAUCGUCGACGAAAGGCUUCCUCGCAAUUGCUGGCCCAAAGGACGGGUGAUUGCUACCAAGGUUUCACCAGAUGGGCAAGUCAGGUGGGCCACACUGCAAACGUCUAACGGAAUAUAUGAGCGAUCAACAGUUAAGCUUGCGGUACUCGACGUUGACGUAGGAAGGAAUGCAUCUCAUGCGGAUCUUCGCUGCAUUGAAGGGGGGAGUGUUAGUUGCGCAACGUCGAUCACCGCGCCGUGCACACCCCUGCUUGGAGACGAUCGCGAACGCCAGCCCUACCCAACGGUUGACAGGAGGAUCGACUACCAUAAGGUCAGCCCUACCCAACCACUGACAAGAGGAUCGACUAUCAAAAGGUCACACCGGUGUGACGAAACUUCAUAUAUAAAAAAUUCAUUGCGCGAGGCGAAUCGUUAAAAUUUAUUAUUCUAACUUAAACCUAAAAAUUUAUUACUACAUUCCGCUGUACAACUAUCUCUACAUUUACUCGGACCUACGGUAAAGUUAAAAGGCUUUAGGAAAACGUAACCUAAAUUUAUUAAUUAAAACAUCAGGACAGGUUUCUACGAAUAAGCACUUUAUUUCGCUGAUUGAAUUGUUGCGUGAUAGCGAAGGGCUACUACAAAAUUUGUAAUUCUUCAAUAAAGUCUUCACAAACUCGGCAGUCUCGUUUCUAUCACCAACAACCCUCUUCUUGCUAGCUCAUCGGCUUUUGCAUUUCCUGCAACUCCACAAUGCCCUGGAACCUAGUAUAAAUUAACAUGAUUUUUCACUGCCAAUUGUCGGAAUGCAAGAAUGGGAGUGUAGUAGUUUUAAACGACAUGUAGGAGGCCUUAAUGCGUUGAGCGCGGCCUGACUAUCUAAGA